AUGUCAUCAAAGUCAUCAGCCUCAAAACAAAAACGUUUGGCCAAAAAAGCCGCCAAAAACACAAAGAAGCCAGAAGAAACACCUGUCGCUAAUGGUUCAACUGAAACAACCGAACUUAGCGUAGCGGCCGCUGCUAAUGGGUUGUCUUUGGAAACGCUGAAGAUAUCUGGAGAAAGAACUGCUACUGGUGUUUUGGCCUCACAGCCCAGAUCCAGAGAUAUUAAGAUUGAGCAAUAUAGUUUGUCUUUUUAUGGACGCGUGUUAAUUGAAAAUGCCACGAUUGAACUUAAUUUUGGUAGACGAUAUGGUCUAAUAGGUGCGAAUGGUUCAGGAAAAAGUACGUUCUUGGCUUCUUUAGCAGCAAGAGAAGCACCGAUUCCAGAUUCUAUUGAUGUAUAUUUAUUAAAUCAAGAAGCAGAACCAUGUGAUCUUAAUGCUAUUGAUUAUGUUAUGUUGGCAGCAAAGAGUGAGAUCACUCGUCUUGAAAAAGAAGUUGAAGACAUAUUGACUGAAGAUAAUGGAGCAGAUGACAUAAGAUUAGAAGAUUUGUAUGAUCGUAUUUCUGCUCUUGAUGAGUCGACAUUUCAAUCUCGCGCUAGCACUCUUCUUCAUGGUCUAGGUUUCAAUCAAGAAAUGAUGGCUAAAAAAACUAAAGAUAUGUCUGGCGGUUGGAGAAUGCGAGUAGCAUUGGCAAAAGCUUUGUUUAUUAAACCCACUUUAUUGUUGUUGGAUGAACCAACAAAUCAUUUGGAUUUGGAAGCCUGUGUAUGGCUCGAAGAAUAUUUGAAGAAUUAUAAUCGUCAUUCUCAAGAUUUUCUUGACGGUGUUUGCAAUGAAACUAUGCAUUUAACUGAAAAGAAAAAAUUAAAUUAUUACGGAGGUGGAUAUUCUUCCUUCGUAAAAACUAAAGCGGAGUUGGAAGUUAACCAAAUGAAAGCAUACCAUAAACAACAAGAUGAAAUUGCACACAUCAAAAAGUUCAUUGCUUCGGCUGGUACUUAUGCUAAUCUUGUCAAACAAGCUAAAAGUAAACAGAAAAUUAUUGACAAAAUGGAGGCUGCUGGGUUGAUCGAGAAGGUCGAUCCACCUAUGACCUUUAAAUUCAAAUUUGAAAAUGUCGAAAAACUUCCACCACCAGUUUUACAAUUUGACCAGGUGUCUUUCUCUUAUAGCGGAAGUACUAAAUCGGAAGAUUUGUUAUACGAAGAUCUUGACUUAGCCGUAGACAUGGAUUCUCGUGUAGCACUUGUAGGACCUAAUGGUGUAGGAAAAAGUACCUUGCUCAAACUGAUGAUGGGUGAAAUUCAACCUACCAAAGGUAGAAUUGCUCGACACACUAAUUUGAGAUUGGCCAAAUACAGCCAGCAUAGUGCUGAUCAACUUGAUAUGGAAUUGAGUCCAAUCCAAUAUAUGAGAAGACAAUUUGUUCAAUUGAAAGGAGAUGUAGAUUUUUGGCGUAAUCAAAUUGGACGAUAUGGUCUUACAGGUGUUCAUCAAACAAAUCCGGUCGGUAAUUUAAGUGAUGGUUUAAAGUCUCGAUUAGUUUUUGCCGAACUGGUAUUAUCCAAACCAGAUAUUGUUCUUAUGGACGAACCUACGAAUCAUUUGGAUAUGGAAAGUAUUGAUGGACUUGCAAAAGCCAUCAAAGAAUUUUCAGGUGGCGUAGUUUUAGUAUCUCACGAUUUUCGGUUAAUUUCUCAGGUAGCAGAAGAAAUAUGGUUAUGUAAAGAUCACACGGUAACCACAUGGAAAGGAACCAUUGAAGAUUAUAAGAAAUAUCUCGCUAAAGGAGUUAAAAUUUAA